ACGCUAUGACGAAGGAUUUAGGGGGAAACUUAAGUAUACAGUUCUUCUUAUUAUCAGGUUGGAAGGUGUAUUGUGCCUCAAGAGCUCGAUGCAUUUGUCCUACUUCUGACAGACACGGCUGAUUGUGUUUUGAUGAUAAUAAAGCUAUUGUAAAUCAGGGCUGUACACACGGAAAUAACAUAACCGGUUGCCUCUCUCGGUACACCCCUGUCAUUAGUACUGAAGCCGUCUAUCUUGGACUACACUUUCUUUCUCGCUCUCUCUCUUUCUUAUUACCAUCAACAUGGGUGAUAAGUUUCUCAACGAGGGGCUGAAAUACUUCUUUCUGCUACUAUGGUUAGGAGCAAACGUAGCCUACUGGGUAGUGACAUUCCUGGUCUACGAGCAAGGACCUCAAUAUUUCUACGUCAGGCAUAUUACUGGGGUUGGUCUUUCCAUAGCGAAAGCAUCGGGAGCAGCGUUAAAUCUGAAUAGUUUGAUAAUCUUACUACCGAUCUGUAGAAACCUCAUCUCUUUCUUCAGGGGCUCGUGUGCCACAAACACACUUUGUAGGAGGAGUGUUCGACGUCAGCUGGACAAGAAUCUGACCUUCCAUAAGACCGUGGCCUACAUGAUCGUUAUCUGGACCAUCGUCCACGUCGCCGCUCACGCUUUCAACUUCAGGAACCUUUACAACCACUAUCGGUGCGUGACGACGAACAACGAUGAACUGUGCGAAGGCAUUACUGCGCUCGCUCGCAAGUUCACGGCUCGGCCGGAAGACAACUGGUUGAAUCCUAUCCGAGGGGCCAAGAAUCUUCCAGCGGGUCUCGGUCUAAUUGAACAGGGCCUGAUCCCGAUCGCUGGCUGGACCGGAGCUGUUCUCACCAUCGCUCUAAUCCUCAUGUUCUCAUCCGCAACAGAAUUCAUCAGGCGUUCGUAUUUCGAGACUUUCUGGAUCACGCAUCAUCUCUUCAUCGUCUAUUUCGCUAUGAUACUUGCCCAUGGUGUAGGUGGUAUCAUCCGCUCACAAACAAAUCUUGAUCGCCAUGAUGUAGUGUUCUGUUCUGAAAACCUUGAUCAAUGGAGUCCAACAUCAGACAGAUGUGAAGAUCCGGUAUUUAAAGACGGAUCCGCUGCGAGUUACAAGUGGGUGACCGCUCCCCUCAUCAUCUACUUUAUUGAGAGGAGUAUCCGCUUCUGGAGGAGCUGUCAGAAAGUCACUCUAACAAAGGUUGUGAAACAUCCAUCGAAGGUAAUUGAGCUUCAGAUGAAGAAGAAAGGAUUUAAGAUGGAAGCCGGUCAAUACAUCUUUCUUAAAUGUCCAUCCAUCUCACACGUACAGUGGCAUCCAUUUACUCUUACAUCGGCCCCGGAAGAGGAUCAUUUUAGUGUUCAUAUCCGUAUAGUUGGUGAUUGGACUUCUGAUCUAUUCAAAGCUAUGGGAGCUGACAAGCCAGAGCAACAAUCACAGGACGAUCUAGCUAGAGUUGCCGUUGAUGGUCCAUUUGGAACAGCCAGUAUUGAUAUCUUCAAAUACCAGGCUGCUAUUUGUGUGGGAGCUGGUAUAGGAGUAACACCAUUCGCAUCCAUCCUUAAAUCUAUCUGGCUAAAGAGUGUCAACAACAGCGCCUCGCUGAAGCUGAAGAAGGUGUAUUUCUUCUGGAUCUGCCCCGAUACGAAUGCCUUCGAGUGGUUCUCAACACUCCUUGACUCCAUUGAUACCCACUUUACGGAGCAGGGUAAACCUGACUUCCUCAAAUACUACAUCUAUCUUUCAAGGGGUUGGAACAAUACUCAGGCAAAGAACAUUUACCUCCAGGAGGAACAGGAGAUUGACGCCAUCACCGGCCUGAGACAGAAAACCCACUACGGUCGUCCUAAAUGGGACUCGAACUUUAAGAUGAUCGCAGAGGAGAAUCCAGGGACGAGUAUCGGAGUAUUUUUCUGUGGUCCCAAAGCCUUAUCGUCAGUACUACACGAGAAUGCCAACAAAUUCACCAGCUUGACGCCGGACGGAGCCAAGUUUUUCUACAACAAGGAAAACUUCUAAGCAUCAACGUUCGGUCGGGAUAACGAAAAUAAAACUUUCAAUCAUCGCCAACCUGUAUUUUUUUUAAAAGCGUUCAAAAUGCUAUUAACGGAUUAUUGCGAUGAUGAUAUCAACUAACCAACGCUAAGAAACAUUUUUUCCCACUGCUCGUGAACAAAUCAUCCUAUUUCUCAGAGCGCAAUUGCCGCUAUUACAACGCCAGCACAUUGUCAACUAUCAAUGUAAAAUAUUGACACAGUUUUAUGAUAUCUACCAUUUAGUUAAAGGUUUAAAUAUCUUUUACUACUUUGAAAUAUUUAGAGUUAAAGACUUCAGCGUUUUAAUUCUUUCGAGUUCUCGAUAAAAGCAAAGAUAAAUAUUGUUGUUCUAAUUGGAAAUUAUUGUUAUAAUUGGAUAUAAAUCUAUAUUACAUAAUUUUUUGUCAUCUUGAGACAAUAUAGAUAGUCAUACAAAUUUAUAUUUAUAUUUUAAGUAUAGUAGAGUAUUUCUGGAACAUUCACAGUUUUCGUUUUGACAUGAUUCCUUCAUUAAAUUCGAUGGGAAGAAUACACUAAAGAAGACCAAACUUAAAGUGUAAAAAGUAUUACGUCAAAAUAAUAUAAAAAGUGCAAGAAAUCUUACAACACCGUCCUAAUUUCCUUGAAAAUUACAAGCCAAAAAAUCCAAAAAACCAAACUAAAACAAAACCAAAAGUACUCCAAUAUGUUUGUACUUCGUCCUACCAUGGUCCUACAUUUCAGGGAAGUGCCAUUAUGAUAUGAUUUUCUUGAGGUACAAUUAUCAGUGCUUAUGUUAACAAAUUCGGUGUCAACAAUAGCGUACGCAGGGGGUUGGCUCCAGGGGUUCACCCCCUUAAUUUUUUGAAAUCCCCCUUAAGACUUCCACCCCUAAAAACACAUUUGAAGACCUUUUUUUUCCGUGUCACUUUUUUCAGCUACAAAAUGACGUAAAGUUGGUGGUAAAGACCUUUUUUUCACUUGUCAAUUUUUUGGGGUAGGAAACUACCUAAAAUUUGUGAUUGUCAACAUUUCAUUCAGCUUGAAAACCCCCUCCUUUCAAAAAUCCUGCGUACGCUACUGGUUGUCAACGAUUAGUGGAUCAAAAAAUGGUUGAUAUUUAUUAUAAAUCAUCACGAUCUGUCAUUAUUUCAGUGCAUGCUCGAGUACAUAUGGAAUUCAAAGUACUGCCUUGUUGGCUAUCGUGUGUUUACCUUGUGUAACAGUAUAUCAAAGUGUAACUUUGAAACUUAGUACAUGAACCAAAGAUCACAUUCUAAAUAAAGUUAUGCAAUUUUCAACUUCCAAGAAGUUUCCAAGUCUAUCAGCGAUAGCACCAAAUAUGUGAAGUUGUAUCAUGUUUACGAUUAGGCGUUGUCACGGUUAUAGUGUAGGAGUUGCCUGAAUAUUUACAAACCAUAUUUUCAGCACAUCAAUGCACAUUCUCGUGUACCUUUCUUGAAAAAUACAUAAUGGAUGAUAUGCAUUCUUUAUCUAUCAAAAACAUAGUAUAAUACAUGAUAAUUAAUCAAAAUGACACACAAUAGACGGCAUGAACAUUGAAUUUUACUAUCAUAUUUCAUUGCCGUAUAGUGUAGUUGGAAGUCGAAGGGAGGUCUCUCUUUUUUUUUUAAAUGAAAGAAUUAAUCUUUCGGUAAUUCAAAAUACUGGUGUCUUUUAAACGUAUGUCUGUUUUUGUUUUAAACUUCACACAUAGCAUUGUAUUAAUUGUAGUAACUUAGUAAUUCAUAUUUGAUUUACUUGUUAAUUGAGGGAUAUAUACGAUGUUACUUUAUACAGUUUAUCUUGUCUGGUUCUGGGUAAUGUUGAAUACAUUAUAAAAAAAAGUUGAGAAGAGGUUAUGUUUUAUAAUAUUCAGGUAUGAUCAUAUUGGAAAUAUGCUACCGUUGCUUCACUAUUUCAUGAUAAGGUUUAAAAAGAAGACAUUACAUUGAGUGGAUGACGAAAGUGUUAGUGUUUUGUGUGUGCUAUAAAACUUUGCUUAGAACCACAAAAAAUUACAAGCACCUAAAAAUCAUUGAAUCUAGGGAAAUCCCAGGUAGACUACAGAACAUCGAAUAUAAGAUGCAUUCCCUGGAAUGAAAUUGACCCCCCAGCCUGCGCAAUAUUCCAAGAAUUAUAUUUGAUUUUUCACAUGGUGUCCAUAAAUGUAAUGUGUCUUUAAAAUGAUACGAAAGAAAGUGAUUAAUAAAUAGCACAUAAUUAUGUUUAUUACAACACGCAA